CAACAUCGCAACCUCAACGAGAAGAAGAAAGAGAAGAGAAGCAGCUGAGAUCUGCAGCCUCUUGGGAUAUCUGACAACAGAGAUCUUCAGCAGAAAUGAACGCCAGCCCCCCUGCAGGAAGCGCCCUGGCCCCUGGUGGAUCAACUGGCCCCACCACACCCAAGAAGGGACCACCCAAGUUCAAGCAGAGGCAGACCCGUACAUUCAAGAGCAAGGCCCCCAAACCAGGCCAGAAGGGCUUUGGUGACGACAUCCCCGGAAUGGAGGGUCUUGGCACAGACAUCACAGUGGUGUGCCCAUGGGAAGCUUUCGGCGACAUGGAGCUCAGCGACUUGGCCAAAUACGGCAUCAUUUAAACCUGCUGCCUCCUGCCUUCCUUGCCUGCCUGCACCUCUCCUCUCUCUAAUCCUCUCCAUCCUGCCUUCUCUCCAUCUCCAGCUUGGCACGCCGUGAUAAGGCUGCCGGCAAA